AUGGAUUCAGAUACACUAGAAAAAUACGAAAAAUUAAAAGAUUUAUUUGAUUCGGGGUUCAUCACUGAAUACGAGUUCAACAAUAGAAAGAAAGAGUUAUUAGGUGAUAAUGAAAUACCAUCAAAUUUAACUGGUAGUAAUAAUAAUAAUAGUAAUAGUAAUAGUAAUAAUGACAACAAUUCAUCUUACAACUACUACAGUAGCAGUAAUAAUAAUGAUGACUACAACAACAAUAGUAGCAACUAUAACAGCAAUGACUACAAUUCAAUAAGUUAUAAUUAUAAUAGUACUAAUAAUGAUGAUAGUAAUAGUUACAAUAGCUAUAAUAACUACAACAGCAAUAAUAAUGAUGAUAAUAGUUACAACAACAAUAGUUACAAUAGUUACAAUAAUGAUUACAAUUCAACACCAACAACCACUACGUCAUCAUAUGACUACAAUAGUUAUAAUAAUAAUGAUGAUCAAGUAGUUGCCAAUACCGACUAUAAUCACAUUAGUAGUAGUAGUAACAAUGAUGAUAAUAAUUACAAUCAAUAUAAUUAUAGUUAUAAUCAUAGUACUAGUGAUGAACCAACAGUUGAUUUUGUUACACAUACAACCACUGUUACAACAACCACGACAACAACGGUUUCCUAUGAUGAUGAUGAUAAUAAUUACAAUUAUAACCAAUAUCAGUCAUCAUCAUCAGCAGUUCCAACUGACCAAGAUGAUGUUGUUGUUCCACCUAAACCACCUAUCACCACUCCUGCAGCAUCCAAAGUUGUAAAAGAUAAAUUAACUGGUAAAUCAGAAUCAAUUGCAAAGAUUCAAUAUCCACACAAAGUUAAAGAUAAUUAUAUGACCUAUGACAAGAAUAUUGAUGGAGUUAUUUUGUAUUAUAAAUCAAGAGAAUGUGCAUAUCAAACUGAUAUUAUUCCAUUGUCAUCAUUGACCAAGAAACCAAUUAGUGAUGUUAUUCGUGAACAAUUUGGAUUAAACAAUUAUGAUUUGAAAAAGAUUAUUUUAAAACAUAGAACUCCUGGAGACGAAUACCAAACCAUGACAGACCGAACCGAACAGACAACACAAGACGUCGAUUACAUUACAACCAAUGGACACUAUCUAGUGGAACCAGCAUCAUUCACUCUACAUCGUAAUGCUGGCACCAUGUUUGUCAAAGGUGAAUACUUUAGUAAAUACAACAACAGUUACACCAUUCCACAAACUAGUUUCAAGAUUGGGUCUCGUACCAUUGCAUUAGAGUAUCCUGAAACUCCUUCUGGUGGUUGGAAUGCUACUUAUUUUAAAAUUCAACCUCCAAGAAGAACAUAUAAUACAUCAAUUCCAGGGUACAAAGCAGAUAAAUUUCAAUCGGCAGGUCCGGAACACAACCUUUUAAACUUUUACAAUUUAAUGAGAAACAAACAAAUAUUCAAGAAGGGUCAAGAACACAGAGCUACACCACAAGAGUUGGGUUCCCAACCACACCAUCUACACGUCAGUCGGUCGUUGGCUCAAUGUAUAGACAGCCAAAAAUGUUUCGAGUGUGGACUGCCUUCAUUAAACUCAUUCUUUUGUUCAGUUCAUUAUGACAAGGAUCUCAUUGAAAUGUAUGAACAAGUAAAAGAAUUGAUACCAAAGAUGACAGAAGCCGAACAACUAGAGAUACAAGCUGCCAAGGAAGAAGAACAACUCGCCAAAUCCCAAGAUCCAACCAACAUUAAUAAUAGGGAAAAGUUUACCUAUGUUCCAGAUGUUUCCAUCCUAGAACAAGUCAUUUUAAAGUCAAAAUCACAAUAUUCUGAUUUAGAUUGUCUAUACCCAAGUAAUAUUAAAAAAGAGUUUAAAGUCAAAGUUGAUUUUUAA